AUGAGAGGGGGCGCAAUGACAAGAGGGCGUGGUGGAGGACGCGGUGGAGGACGCGGCGGAGGCCGGGGCGGCGGGCGUGGUGGUGCGGGCUCGGGUGGCCGUGGAGGUUCGUUUCGCGGCGGUGGUCGUGGCGGUCGUGGAGGUCGCGGCGGUCGCGGAGCCGCGGGCGUGGGUCUGAAGGCAGGCGCGAAGACGGUGGUGGUGCCAUUCAAGACGGCGGACAAAGUGUUUGGUGGUGUGUUUGUGGCGAAGGGAAAGGCGGACGGAUUGGUGACACGGAACAUGGUACCGGGUGAGUCUGUGUACGGCGAGAAGAGGGUGGAAACGGUGUCGGAGUUGGGUGAGAAGACGGAGUACCGCGUAUGGAACCCAUUCCGGUCCAAGUUGGGUGCUGCGAUUGUCGGGGGUGUCUCACAAAUGCCGAUCCAGCCGGGCAGUCGGGUGCUUUACCUAGGUGCGGCCAACGGGACUACGGUCUCACAUGUAUCGGACAUGGUCGGGCCGGAAGGCGCAGUCUACGCCGUGGAGUUCUCCCAUCGCUCCGGUCGUGACUUGACCAACAUGGCCAAACGCAGACCGAACAUUGUACCUAUUGUUGAGGACGCGCGCAUGCCGCUCCGUUACCGCAUGCUCGUGCCCAUGGUCGAUGUCAUUUUCGCAGAUGUCGCACAACCUGACCAAUCGCGCAUCGUCGCUCUCAACGCUUCCUACUUCCUCAAAAACGAAGGCCACUUCAUCAUCUCCAUCAAAGCCAACUGCGUGGACUCUACCGCAGAACCCGAAGCCGUCUUCGCUGCCGAAAUCGAAGCCCUCAAAAAAGACAACUGUAAAACACGCGAACAACUUAGCCUUGAACCCUACCACCGAGAUCACGCCCUGGUCGUCGGCCAGUACAGACCACCCAAAACGAAGAAGUAG